AUGUCGCGGUCUGUAUUCCUCCUUGGACCCGGUUUCAUCGGCGGCGAGAUCAUCGAUCUGCUCCUCACAUCCAAAUAUAAUGUCACCACCCUGGUACGACAGGAAUCAGCCGUGGCGGAAUUCGCCCAGAUAGGCGUCAAGGCCGUCGUGGGAACGCUGGAUGAUGCAUCACUGAUCAAAAAUCAAGUGCUAAUCAGCGACAUUGUAUUCCACACUGCAACUGCAGACCACCUGCCCUCUGUCGAAGCCAUUCUCGAGGGCGUGAGACAGCGGACGCAGAUGGGUCGACAAACCAUCUACCUCCACAACAGCGGAACAAGUCUGAUUGCGGACCCAUCUGCAGGAGAAUACGAGAGUGACACGGUCUUCGACGAUCAAACCCCCUCUCAAAUCGAUGCUCUGCCGGAUUCUGCGCCCCAUCGGCUGAUUGAUCUCGCCAUUGUCCGCGCACAGCGAGAGCUGGCCACCCACGCCAAAAUGGCCAUUAUGAUCCCACCUGUCAUCUACGGUGUGCCCACUCGACAAAAGCGUCUCUCGAUCCAGCUGCCCACCCUUGUCCGGUACUCGAUCAAGCACGGAUACGCAGGUCAGAUCGGUAAGGGUCUUUCGGUUUGGAAUCACAUCCACGUGAAAGAUUUGGCACGGGGAUACAUGGUUUUACUACACUGGAUGGAAGGUGCACCGGUGGAGGAUGUUGCAAAGAAUCCCUACUUCUUCUGCGAGAACGGCCAGCAGCUUUCAUGGGGCAAAUGCGCUGCCGAGAUUGGCCGAAUCUUGAAAGGCGCAGGAAAGAUCGGCCAAUGCGCACCCAAGACCAUUCCGGAAGCAAAUUAUGGCGAUCUGUUUGGCGGAUUCUCUGAGGUUGUGGUUGGCUCCAAUGCGAAGAACAGGGCUAGCCGGCUGCGACAGUUGGGUUGGGCGCCUCUGGAGAAGGACACUUUCGCAUCUCUGGUGGAGGACGAGAUCCCGAUCAUCCUUGAAGAGAAAGGGGAUUUCAAUGGUUAUGCUAGCGUUGUUGCGUCGUGA